GUUACAGUAGUUUAUCCAUGAACGUCAACCAAGCCGGACAGCUGAAACUGGCACACCCUGAUCUUUAUAGACAAGCAUCUUAUCAUUAAAUAUUUAACGACUCAACAAGUCAUUAAAUUUAAAUUGUAAACAUGGUAGAAAAGUCAAAACGUGAUUAUGGACCUCUUGAUGCAGUCCAGGAGGCAAUGGGUGUUAUGGGCCCAUGGCAAAUAUUAAUUGCAAUUGCCUUGUCACUUGUAAAUAUUCCAGUGGCUUGGCAGCAAUUGUCAAUCGCUGUAAUAGCACCAAAAACUUCAUUUACAUGUAAUAUACCUGCAACAAUAAGUGGAGCAGUAUCUUCUCAUGAUGCUUGUGCUUACUCGACAGUUGUCAAUAAUGUUAGUGUUUCUCAUGAAUGCAUUGAUUUCACAUUUCAUAACGAGGGUCUUAAUAGCACAAUGAUUACUGAACAUAAUCUUGUAUGUGGCAGAAGUUCAUUGAAAAAUUUUGCUCAAGCAUUCACUAUGCUUGGUAUCCUUGCUGGAAAUAUGUUAUUUGGUACACUUGCUGAUAAGUAUGGUAGAAAAAUUCCACUACUAGUUGCUUUGGUACUACAAGUUGUAAGUGGAUUGCUAAGUGCAAUUGUACCAUGGUACACUGUUUUUGCAAUAUUAAAAGUUAUUUCAGCUUUUGCAACUGGUGGCACUAUGUUGGUCAGUUUUGUCCUUCUUAUGGAAAUUGUUGGCAUUGAAUGGCGAUCAACAUUGUCAGUUUUAUUCCACAUUCCAUUUGUAUUAGGCCAUAUGUCGAUUGCUUUAAUAGCAUACGUAACUGGUACAUAUUUUUCAUACUCAUUGGCAAUAUCUCUACCAUCAAUGUUUUUAUUGUCCUACUACUGGUUAAUACCUGAGUCACCAAGAUGGUUAUUGGCAGCUGGAAAAAUUGAAGAAGCAAGAGCAAUAUUAGAAGAAGCAGCAACUAAAAAUAAUAUACCAUUGGAAAAAGUUAAUGCAGCAAUUGAAUUUCAUAGUAAUCAAAAUGUUAAAGAUAACAAGGAUAAUAAUCAAAAUACCUACAGUAUGCUUGAUUUAUUUAAAACACCAAACUUGAGAAUUCGUACUAUUUGCAUUGCAUUCAACUGGUUAGUUUGUGGUUUUUGUUUCUUUGGAUUGGCACACUAUGUUAGUCGUUUAGAUGAACGUAUCUAUUACAAUAUAUUUAUAUCAGCUGCUUUUGAAUUGGGAGGCAUUAUGAUUGUUUGGAUUUUCAUUCAUCGAGUUUCUCGUUUAAAACUAUUGAUGUGUGGUAAUGUAAUUGCUGGCAUUAGUUUAUUGGUACUGACAAUUGUUACUGGUGAAGCUCAAGUAUGGAUUAUAUCUGUUGGUUGUUGUGCCAUGUCUGUCAGUUUUACUGUUGUUUAUCUUUACUCCAGUGAACUCUUUCCAACUGUUGUACGAAAUAAUGGUAUUGCAUUGUGCAGUGUUUCUGCUAGAAUUGCUAGUACUGUUGUACCAUUUAUUGCAACAUCUGGUGAAUCAACAAAAGAUAAUAAUGAUUGGCUUGUAUCUGUUAUUUUUGGUGUUGGUCCAUUAAUUGGAGCUGCUCUUUGUAUUUUUCUACCAGAAACAAUGGACUGUCAAUUGCCAGAAACUAUUGAGGAUGGUGAAAACUUUGGAAAAAAAAUCCAAAGUAUUCCUGUUGAUGAAGAAGCUAAGUAAAAGAGUAAAUUUAAAAUUCUGGUAAUUAAUUUUUACUCUUUUUAUUAUUUAAAAUUAUUAUAAAACAUGGUACUAUACGAA